AUGGGUUCUCUUCUUGAACCAAUUAUCGAAUAUGACAAAGAAACGUUUUGUAUAGAAAUAAUGAAACGCCUGGAUUGCCAGCGAAGGAACGAGCUUUUGUGUGAUGUGAUUCUAGAAGUUGGAUCUGGUGAAGAUCAAGCUCGCUUGAAAGCUCACAGAAACGUGUUGUGUGCUGCCAGCCCGUUCUUUUACAACGCCCUCAACACGGAAAUGAAAGAAAAGAAAGAAGGAGUCAUUCGACUAAAAGAUACAAGCAAAGUUUUGAUGGAAGAAGUUCUGGAGUAUUUGUACACAGGGCAUGUUGAUAUCAAUGAAAAGACCGCGUAUGAAUUGAUGGCUUUAGCAGAUUAUUUUCUUAUUCCCAGCCUGAAAUAUGUCUGCAGUAAGUACAUUGAACGAAACCUAUGUACUUCAAACUGUGUCACGGCGUAUUAUUCUAGCCUGAAGUAUCAGUGUCCUGAAUUACAAGAUAUAGCUGAAGGCUUUAUUCUUGCAAACUUUGUGCCUGUAACGGAAACUGAAGACUUCCUUAAUUUAAGCAUUGAGCGUGUUGAAGAUUGGAUUUCAAGUGAUAAAAUCGUUGUGAAAGGAGAAGAAGACGUUUUUAAGGCCAUUUUGAGAUGGAAUGAGAAAAAUGAUCACCUAAAACAAAGUUUUGGUUUCUUAUUUCGUCAUGUUCGUCUUACGUAUAUCUCACUCAAUUACCUUGUCACCGUCGUUUUACAACAUGAACUUGUGAGAAACAAGAAGGAGUGUUUGGAUUCGGUUCUCCAUGUUAUGAAACAGCUAACAGAUGGAACAGACGCUUGCUUUUUCAAGCAAUCACCGAGAAAUUGCCUGAAAACCUAUGAGGAUGUCAUAUUUGGUUGUGGAGGUAAAGAUGGUAGUAAGUUGGUAUGUUACCUUCCAUCAGAGAAUAAGUGGUACCAGUUGCCAGGCACGACCUCCCAUUGUAACAGAUUUGCUAUUGCCUCAAGUGUUUGCCAAAAUAAACUUUAUGUUGUUGGUGGGAAUAAAACGGGUUCUGCAGUAACGCGGUAUGACCCAGUUGUAAAUAUGUGGUCACCCAUAAAGUCUUUUAGGCAGGAAAUCAGUUUCUCUGCUGUUGUUACCUUCCAGGGAUUUCUUUAUGUCAUUGGUGGAUUAGAUGGGUUAGAUGGUAAUGAGCCCUUGAACAUGGUGCAGAGAUACAAUCCUGAUGCAGAUCUCUGGAAGGAAGUUGCCCCACUCAGUGGUCCAAGAUCUAGGUUAUGUGCAGUGUCAGAUGUAGACUACAUCUAUGCUUUUGGCGGGUUGUGUUCAUCUGGGACAAGUAACACAGCUGAGAGGUUUAACCCUGAAACGAAUUCCUGGGAAGCAAUUUCACCAAUGAAGGAAAGAAGGAGAAACCACUGUGGUGUAAGUUUACACAACAAAAUAUUUGUCUUUGGAGGUGUUUUUGAAACCAGUGGAUGUCCCUGUGAGGUCUAUGAUAAAGUCACAAAUGUUUGGACUGUGCUUGCAAAUGCUGUUGGACCAAGAUUCCCUGCAAGUGCUGUGUGCUUUAAAGAGCAAAUUUUUGUGUUUGGGGGAUUUGGAUCAAGACAGAGUUUGAAUCAGGAACUGAUAUUUCAAGUUUAUGAUGUUGAUAAAGAUCAGUGGAAACCCUGCAGUAAUUCAUUACUUGGAUCAUCGUUGUACAAACUGUCUGCUGGAAGGAUUUCCAGAGAAGUUUUAAAUUCUUGUGAAAUGAUUUAA